UGCAGCGAUUGUUAACAAGCAACAGGGCCUUGAAAAAACUCUACCAAAAACUCAAAAGUAAAUUAGUUUGAUCCUGUGGCUCUCACACCAUUUUAUGGGAUUGGCUUUCCCUUUAAUGGGUCUGUUAUUUUUUUCUUUAUCUACAACCCUAAUGCUUUAGGAUGGGCUCUCGGACACUUUCUUUGGCUGUGGAGGAGCAGCUUCGUAGCCUCUGUCUGAAGGACUUUCCAUGUGGGCAUGGCUGUUGGAGCAAAUCCAGAGGGAGUAUCUUUGAGGAACAUAGUUGGGGCUACAGCGAGCAGGACGAGGGGAGAGAAGGUGCAGCCAAGGAGGAGGAGGAGGCCCUUAUGGAGCACUUGACCAGUCCACUGUCCCCAUGGCGACAUGAGGGGUCAUGGAGCCCCCAAGCCCCAACACUGAGAGAGCUGUCCGUGCGAACACCUGAACUUCUCCAUGGCAACUUCAUAUUCAGCCACUUCAACACUCUACGUAUUGUAGACAAGGGUGUCUCCAUAGUCGAUGAUGGCGUGCUCAGGUUCUCCAAUCUAAGAGAGUUAGUGCUGAGUGCCAACAAAAUUUCUGAACUACAAGCAGAGUACCUGCCCUGCACUUUACAAGUUUUGGAGCUCUACGCCAACCAGGUUUCUAGCCUUAAAGGUCUUAGCAGCCAGCCUCUACCCUGCCUUCAGCAUCUGGGUCUGGGCUGCAACAGGCUGGGUUCCCCCGCAGACAUCCAGUACCUCACUGGAACUCUAUGGCCACGACUGGUAUCUCUGGACCUGAGCUGGUCUGGCUUCCAAGGACAGCGUGCCCUAGUGGAUGCCCUGGCCACCCUGCCUUGCCUGAGGACCUUGGUGCUGGAGGGCAACCCCCUUACCCUCACCCCUUCCUACCCAGGCUUCAUCCUGGACAGCCUCCCGCGGCUGCUCUACCUGGACGCCACACGGGUUACACCGGAUGAUCACCAUCGCUUUGAAGGCCUGGCCAAGAUGAGAGACCGGAUAGUGGACCAGGCCAUGGCAACAGUGACGGUGCGAAGGAUCAGGGGUGUCCCGGACCCACUGCUGACUGUGGAUGAGAGUGCCCCUGAGUUCCCUGUGGUCAGCUACAGCUACUUUGUCAACUAUGAGUUCCUCAGCCAACCACCCCCUGGCAACAAGGCAUGAUAUCCCAUUUUUC